AUGGUUGGCUGGCUAGGUGCCGUGGUAACCGCCCUGGGAGUGAAAAACCUAAGCGCUUACCAGUCUGCAUUGGGGUGCUUGGCCACGAGACAGGGAGAUUGCCAGUACGCCUUCGUUUGCCGCCUGGCAUCUGAGCUCGAAGAAGUAGAGUCGAUGGCGUACAGUGGCUAUUAUCCACGCGUACCCUAUUCAGGCCCAUUGUACGUCGUUGCAACUGGCGCUAGAAAGACCCGGCUUAUGUUCAAGCGGAACACCGACGACUGCCCUUCUGCAUGCAGGAUGCACGUUGCAUCCUUCAAUUGCUUCUCCGGUGUUGGCUCCCUUGGCUCCAGCAUCCCAAUCAAGAUUCGUGGCCAGUGCAGAGGAUGGAAUGAGCCUGCGUUUCCGUGGUUCUUGGAAGCGCAGCCCGGUGGGGACGAGAGCUUCGGAACCCAAGAUCAUAUCGGUGGGCAACAUGACAAGAGUUCUACAACCCAGAGGCAUGGAGCCGGGAAGGUGCUGGCCACCAGAGGGCUUGAGUGCAUCUAA